ACUGCCCCUUGUGUUUCUUAUUCUCAAUCCGACAUCAUUUUUGGGCAGACUCAAUUCAACAUAUCAUUUGAUGAGCCUUUUCACCCAGACCCAUCAAGUGUCUUUGGAUACAGACUGUCUUUUCGCAGAAUCUUCAGUGAAUGUCGGAAUUACAAACAAAUCAAGUUCCAAAGCCACUCCCUGCUUGAGGGGGAGCUUCUUGGAAUUCAUGGUUCGGAGCUUGUAGCUGCAGCAAUGUCGGUGGCAGUGGCGGACGAGAUCGUGAAGGCGAGAAAUGACGAGAGGGAGUACCGGAGGAUUGUCCUCAAGAACUCCCUCGAGGUUCUUCUCAUUAGUGAUCCUGAUACAGAUAAGUGUGCUGCUUCGAUGAACGUCAGAGUUGGCUACUUCUCUGACCCUCCAGGCAUCGAGGGCCUCGCUCAUUUUCUCGAGCAUAUGCUGUUCUUUGCAAGUGAAAAGUAUCCCUUAGAGGAUAGUUUUCAAAAGUACAUUACCGAGCAUGGCGGAGAAACAAAUGCUUUUACAUCUACAGAAGACACAAACUAUCAUUUUGAUGUCAACGCCGAUUCUUUUGAGGAAGCACUGGAUAGAUUUGCGCAGUUUUUUAUCCAUCCAUUGCUCUCUGAAAAUGCGGUUGAGAGGGAAAUAAAAGCAGUUGAUUCUGAGAAUCAAAAGAACUUGCUUUCUGAUGCUCGGAGAUUGAACCAGCUUCGUAAGCAUCUGAGCAAGGACUGUCAUCCAUUCCAUAAAUUUGGUACAGGAAACAGAGACUCGUUAGACGUUAGGCCAAAAGCAAAUGGGAUUAACAUAAGGGACAAACUCAUCAAGUUCUAUGAAGAAAAUUAUUCUGCCAACCUCAUGAAUCUGGUAGUAUAUGGAAAAGAACCUCUAGAUAAGCUGCAAACCUUAGUGGAAAAAAAGUUCCAGGACAUUCGAGAUACAGCACGGAGCUGUUUCAAUAUCUCGGAUCAACCUCUCACUCUAGAACAUUUGCAGGUGCUCAUAAGAGCUGUACCGAUAUGUGAUGAUCACAUGUUGAAAAUCGAGUGGCCAAUAACUCCAGGCAUUCGCCAUUAUAAAGAAAUCCCGAGUCUAUAUCUCGGUCAUCUUAUCGGCCAUGAAGGAGAGGGGUCUUUGUUUCAUAUUUUGAAAAAAUUGGGAUGGGCUAUGAGUUUGUGGGCUGAUGAAAAAGGUUCAAACACGGACUUUUCUUUCUUUGAGGUUUCAGUUGAUCUUACUGAUGCAGGACAAGAACACAUGGAAGAUAUUGUGGGGUUGCUGUUUAAAUACAUUCACCUCAUAGAGCACUCUGGCAUUUGCAAAUGGAUACUCGAUGAGAUGGCUGCUAUUUCCGAGAUGGCAUUUCAUUAUCAGGACAAGACUCCCCCUCUUGGUUACUCUGUAGGCAUUGCGUCAAAUAUGAAGAUAUUUCCCCCUAGAGACUGGCUCGUGAAGUCCUCCUUGUCCUCGAACUUUAAUCCAGUCCUCAUCAGAAAAGUACUUGGCGAGCUUUCCCCAACUAAUUGCCGAAUCUUUUGGGCUUCAAAAAGGUUUGAUGGGCAGACUGACCUGGCCGAGCCUUGGUAUGGGACGGCAUAUUCCAUCGAAAGACUUAUGGAGUCAUCCAUUAAGGUUAAAUGGAUUGAAUGCGCCCCUGAUGAAAAUGUUCACUUGCCAGUGCCAAACCAAUUCAUAGCUUCUGAUAUGUCCCUGAAAAACGUGCCAGAGAAGGUGAAGCUCCCAGUAUUGUUAAGAAAAUCACCAUUUUCAGUGCUCUGGUACAAGCCCGAUACGUUGUUCUCAGUUCCAAAGGCUUCUGUGAAAAUCAGAUUUAGGUGCCCUAGUGCUUGCUAUUCCCCUGAAGCCGAACUUCUCACCGAUAUCUUCACGUGGCUGCUGAGUGAUUACUUGAAUGAAUAUGCAUACUAUGCUGAAGUUGCUAAUCUCGGUUAUGGCAUAUGCAGCACAUCCAGUGGAUUUCAGGUUUCAGUGAGCGGCUAUAAUCACAAGCUGAGGAUCUUGCUAGAAACUGUUCUGAAGCACAUCGCAAAUUUUGAAGUGAAGCCCGACAGAUUCUCCGUAAUCAAGGAAAGGUUACUAAAGAACUACCAAAACUUCAAGUUCAAGGAACCAUGGAGGCACGCUCUAUACUAUUGCUCAUCAAUAUUGUACGAACAUUCGUGGCCAAUGACCGAGGAGCUAGAAAUUCUUAUGCAGCUUGAACCCAAAGACGUUUCGAACUUUAUUCCUACAAUGCUUUCAAGGGCCUUCUUAGAGUGUUUUGUAGCAGGGAACAUGGAUAGCCACGAAGCAGAAUUGAUAAUUAAGCAUGUUGAAGAUACUUUCUUUGUGGGUCCAAACCCAAUAUGCAAGACUUUGUUUCCAUCACAGUAUUCAACCGGCAGAGUCGUCAAGCUGGAUGAAGGCAUGAGUUGCUUUUACUCUACAAAAGGCCUUAAUCCUGACAAUAAGAGCUCCGCCCUAGUUCAUUAUAUUCAGACUCAUCAAGAUGAUUCCUCAUCGAAUGUGAAACUUCAGCUUCUUCAUCUAAUAGCGGAACAGGAAGCCUUCCACCAGCUCAGAUCGGUUGAGCAGCUUGGAUAUAUUACCACACUCGCACGUAGGAAUGACUGUGGCGUCCGUGGGCUGCAGUUCAUAAUUCAGUCCACUUCUAAGGACCCCAAGGAAGUCGAUUCAAGAGUUGAGCAUUUCCUCAGGCUGUUCGAGAGCAAACUGUACGAGAUGACGAAUGAUGAGUUCAAGAGUAAGGUGAAUGAGUUGAUUGCGGAUAAGCUCGAGAAGUUCAAGAACUUGUGGGAGGAAUGCAGUUUUUAUUGGGCAGAGAUUUAUGCUGGCACUUUCAAGUUCGACCGAGUCGAAGCUGAGGUAUCCGCACUGAGGCAACUCACCCACCAAGAACUGAUAGAUUUCUUCAACGAGCACAUAAAAGUCGGUGCAGCGAAGAAAAAGACGCUUAGUCUACGAGUCUAUGGGAGCUUGCAUACUUCGGAGUUCACGGUAGAAAGGAGCGAAACAGUUGGACCCCAUUCGAUGCUGAUUGAUGACAUACUCCGGUUCAAGAGAUCUCAACCUCUUUAUGGGUCUUUCACAAGAGGUUUCAGUUAUAUGCAGUCGUGCAGAACCGGAACCGUCACUACCGCAGAAGAUAGUCGUGAGUAGAAAUGGCAGCCCGAGAUUUCUUUGACGUGGUUGCCCUUCCAUACAUUAGGAGCAACUCCAAGAAAAAAUGUACUGUUAAGUGUCAUGUAUCAAACAAACUCGUGGUGCCAAAUGCACGAGGAGCGUUAUAACACUGAUUGCAUAGAACCACGCAACAAUAAGUUCCUUCACAUUUUGAGUAUUAAUAAAGGUACAUUGGGUUUCCCAAUCCA